GUCAGGACUACGCCGUUCUGGAUGACGUGAGGCACAAUCACAGUCAGGAGGAAUUUCUGCAAAUUCCUGCCGGAUGGGAGGUGGCACGAUUUGAGGAUGCCGCUGACGCGCACGAACUCAUCACACACCACGAAGGCUUCAACUGCAACUUGCUGGUCACUCAGGAUGCUGUCUUCAGAAGCAGCCGAGCUCUCCAGUGGAGAGAGGAAGAUCAAGGGACCAAGUUUGCGGACGGUGACUUCUUGGUUUGGCACGGCCGGCACGGGGAGACCGUGAUCCCGGACCACGACAGGCUACAGGGUCUCUGGACUCGUAUCCUGCUGCAACGGCCGAGUCUGGUUCUUCAGCUGGACAUCAGAUGCUCAGACACUGCGGUGGAGGUGGAGAUUCUCUCUCUGGCUGGCGAUUGCUUGGGCAAGUUCGUCCUGGAGCCUGCUUCCACCGUUCGUGAUUUGCGGGAAGUGGUGGGCAGCCAGAACGAGAGGCAUCGGGACGCCAAGUACGUUCUACCGGGAGGAAUGCGGGUUUGUGAGGAUGACGAAGAGUUGUCCAGACUUCAACCUGCUCCCUAA